UGCAGCCACUCUUAGGGUUAGGGUUUCGUGGAAAAGGCCUGCAGAUUUCGAGUGUGAGACGCCGAAAAUGAAGACGAUUCUGGCCUCGGAGAGCAUGGACAUCCCGGACGGCGUCACCAUCAAGGUGAAGGCCAAGGUCAUCGAGGUCGAAGGUCCCCGCGGGAAGCUCAUCCGAAACUUCAAGCACCUCAACCUCGACUUCGAGCUCGUCACCGACGACGAGUCCACCGGGAAAAAGAAGCUGAAGAUCGAGGCCUGGUUCGGCACCCGCAAGACCAGCGCCGCCAUCCGCACCGCCCUCAGCCACGUCAGCAACCUCAUCAUCGGCGUCACCAAGGGCUACCGCUACAAGAUGAGGUUCGUCUACGCUCACUUUCCGAUCAACGCCUCCAUCCCCAGCUCCAGCAACGCCAUCGAGAUCCGCAACUUUCUGGGAGAGAAGAAAGUCAGGAAGGUCCAGAUGCUCGAAGGCGUGACGAUCUCGCGAUCGGAGAAGGUGAAGGAUGAGCUGGUUUUGGACGGGAACGACAUCGAGUUGGUUUCGAGGUCGGCGGCGCUGAUCAACCAGAAGUGUCAUGUGAAGAACAAGGACAUCAGGAAGUUUCUGGAUGGGAUCUACGUCAGCGAGAGGAGCACCAUUACCACCGGAGACGAAUGAAUCGAUCCAUUAGUCCAGUCAGUAGUACUAUUUUCUUUAAUUUUGGCAUGUUUCUAUAUUAUAUGGGAGUAUGGGAAUUUUGAUCUGAAGUGUUUUGGGCUUUGUUUAUGGAUUACUAGUAAUAUUAUAGUGUGUACUGAUAUGGGUUUGUGUUAGCAAAGGUUUCGCUUGUGAUAUGAGUUUGUGUUACCAAACAUUUCGUGAGACUGCAGCUUGGUUUUGUUAAAUUAGAGCUUAUUGAGUUGGUAAUGGAAUUAUUAUUUCUCAGUUC